UAGGUCCCAGGAAUAUUUCCGCCAAAUGUAAGGAAUUUUAAUUUGAAAAGGGUUAUUUUACGUUGAAAUGAACUCAAAAAAUUCAUGGGAUUUUUCGAGGAACCAUGACUGUACCCAAAGAUUUCUGCGAAUUCUAGAGAAAUUUUCAAAAGUAUUGAAUUUUUUUUUCAUUUCCCAAAAAUCAUUUCGCGCCGGCAGGAUAGGUGAAACAGACUUAACCUGAAAUUAAAUGUUUUCAGUGGGCGUUGGUGAUGUUAAUCACAGUUCUGGAAGACAAUCAAGACGAAUCGAGCAAUUUUGCUGCGUAGUGACAAGCCGAGACCAUUACUCGUUAGAAACUUCAUUUUGGGCAAGCAAACGGGUUUCUGCUAACUACAAGAUGCCUUUAGACACAGUGUUAUGCCUCGAUACCUCGGGUUCCAUGGGCACGAAUAACAAUGAGGGUAUCAACCAGCUCAAAGCUGCCGCACUCAAAUUCCUGGAGGGAGUAGAGGAGACUGCAAGACAAGCCAACUUAAAGGAAAACGUUGCAAUUGUCGAGUUUGGAGCCAAAACACAGGUUUUACACAGCUUGUCAACGGACUAUUCUAGCCUUAAAGCAAAAAUAGCUGGACUUACGGCUAAUGGAUUGACCCCAAUGAAAAAUGGUUUGCUGAUGGCAUUGCAAGAGAUUGGAAAAAAUGGAGGAGUGGUAAGUGUAAAUGGAAGAAAGCUUUGCCCACGUAUCAUUCUGAUGACUGAUGGGAAGCCUACAGAUGAAAACUGUCAAGACGGACAGCAAGCUUCUAUUGGAGUCUUGUUGGUUGCGGAGAUGUUCGGGCCUCGCUGGCAGGAGGUAGGCCUUCCAUACAAAAUCCCCAUUGCUUGUGUUGGAUGCGGAAGUGCAGAUAAGCAACUUUUGGAGAGAAUUGCACAAACAACUGGAGGGAUGUACGUGAUGGUUCAAAACAUGGAUGAGCUCAGCACAUUCUUUAAGAGACAGGUGUUGCUGUCACGGUUCAUCGCUCAGUUUGCGCAUGACAUGGCUAAGCUUCAUUCGUUGCUUGCGUUACAGCAGUUUAUGCAGGGCCUCGGGGAAGAUACGGAUGAAGCUGAGCUGGUAAGAUCAUGCAACCAACGGACCAACGGAGCGAAGUGAUGUAUGGACAGAACACGGACAACCAGACAAACGAAAGGCUAAAUUGAAAAAAAA